AUUUUGAACAGAUGUUGUCAAAAACUAGAGAAACGGAGGGGUCGGGAGUGGCGAUACGACUGCUAACUAACUAGCUGCCAGCAUUGGCAAAUUAAGAUAAAUAAACGACGAUUACUUCUGAAGUUAUAUAUUUGAAAUAGAAACGUAUAGGAAUGGAUCCGUUUACCGAGAAACUCCUGGAAAGGACCCGCGCUCGCAGGGAGAACCUGCAGAAGAAGAUGGCAGAAAGGCCUACUGCUGCUAACAGGCACAUUGUCAAGAGAGCCAGGGAGCCUCUGGCUGAGACCUGCAACAGUCUGUCCACAGACCCUGUCAGUGACAAAGCCCCCCACCCAUCUACCAAGCCCUCUCCCUCCAAGCGAAGUCGUUCAGGUGAACUUGGCCAGCCCCCCGUUGUUGGGGAGGAGAACAGGGAGCCUGCGAUGCCUCCUCGCAUUAUGACCCCUACCCUUACAGACCCCCAGACUGACAGGAAGCCCCCAGCGGGCCCGGAGAGGGUGGCGCUCCCCCCUGCCAUAGCUACCCUUCCUGAACCAAAGCCCAUGGUGGCGGCACAGCUUGUCCCUGAGCAGGCCGAGCCCGUAGCAUGCUCUGUCUCAGAUACCGAAAAGGUAGCUCCAGGGCCAAGGGGCACUAGGGCUGUGGAGGUGGUGCCUGCUAGCCCAGUUCUACAGAGGAACAGAGAGGGCCAGACAGAGGCUUCCACCCCUGCUGCCAUAAAGUCUCGUCUGGCCCGACUGGCUGAACAAAGGCAGUACUGGGAUUCUGAGGGUACCUCCAAUGAGGUUCCAGACGUCCCUCUGGCUUUGUCCCCGGUGAAGACGCAGAGGCAGGCUGAGGCCCCGGUCCCCACUGCUGUUCCAUCUGUGUCCUCAGACGCCCCGUUAGGUAGAAGGGGCCGGCUGGCCAACCUUGCUGCCACCAUUGGGUCCUGGGAGGAUGACCUCAGCCACGCAGCCCCCUGUGGCAAUGGAGGCCAAAACCAUGCACAAGGGAAGCCGGGCAGCGCCACUACUACUGCCCCGGCGUGGAAGAGAGAUGCUGGUGCUACCGCCAAGCCCGGCUCUUCUGCAGCGGACCGGACACAACUCAGUCAAACAUCAAACUGCAAGUCAGUUCUUGGUUCCAAUCAGCCGCAGUCAGUCCACUCACCACUAAAGUCCAACAAAGUGGUUCCCCCUAGCCCCCAGAAGACUGAGGUAUCUAAAGCCAGACCUGCUCUGCAGGCUGGUGGAAGACUGCCGUCACCUGUUUCCAGUGCUCAGAAGGGUUACCAGGGGGCCAUGUUCCCCUCUAGCCCCCAGAAAGUGACCCACUCUCUAGCCUCACCUGUUUGUCAGAGCCCCCUGAAAAUCCAGACACCGCCUAGAGGUCUGGAGGUCACAGCCAGCCCUAAGAAGACAGAGCUCCCCCCAAAGCCCUGUAGCACUGGACUGUCAGUGUUGCAGACAAGGGAGAGGUUGACCAAGACGACCACCCCGGCCUCGCCCCUGCAGCAGAGAGCCACUGCUGGGGCAACUGGAACUCCAGUAGUCAAGUCGUUCAUGGAGCGUUUUGGGGAAAGGUGCCAGCAGCGUUCUGGCUUGAGUUCCCCUGCUACAGGCCAGGGUGCUGCCGCUCGUACCCUGGCCGUAGUGAACCCAUCUGGGGAAGGACUGGCUGGCCGUACGUCUGUGGUGAGCCAGUCUGUGACCCCUAACACCAAGCUUGUGCAGGAGAGGUUGAAAGCUGCUCAGGCUGCCCACACUGCCACUGCCGACCUAACACUGAAACAGAAACUGGAGCGUGAGUCCGAACUCGCUCAGAUUCGCAACCGCUUCAAUAAAGGGAACAACACGCAGAAAGAUGAAGAGGCAGAUACCCAGACUCAGACUAAUGUCAAGGAUCUGAAUCAGAAGCCUGAGGAAAGACCCGCCGCUGUGUCCCAACCCGAUGACGAGCCAACUGCCCUGCCCCUGGACAUCCUCAGCAGUUCACCCAAUAAACCUACAUUGUCUGCUGUUACCAGCACCCCAACCACCAGCCCUGUGAAGAGAGUGGAGUUCUCUAUGAAGAAGGCUUUUAAGGAAGAGAACCAGGAGGCUUCACCAGACAAAGGAGAGAGUCGUGAGAUAGAGAUGAAUGUGGAUCAGUCCAUUAACUCGGAUAUGAUCAACGACAUCUUCGCCGGGGUUCACGAUAAGAGCGAGGACCAGAGUGAUGAGGAGGGCGAGGGAGAUGAGGAAGAAGAUAAACUGAACAUCUCCUCUAUGUCCAUUCUGGCCCCCUUUGCUGCGACUGUGGCUGAGGUGAUCAAGAGUCCAGUGAGGAAGAUGAUGACAUCAACACCGGCCAGUUCAUUUAACGCUAAGAGCCAGACUCCUGAAAGUGUGACCAGACCUAGUAAGUUCCAGAGGGCUCAAAUACCCAGGGAAGGAGACGAACACCAUGAUCAAAACCUGCCGUACAGUAUUGAUGCCUACAGGUCGACCAGGGUCAAGGACAAUACGGAGCGUCCCCAUGUCAAGCAGGUCAUCGUGAGGAAAGAGGACGUGUCUCGUAGAGCAGCAGAGGAAGCCAGGAACCAAGGACACACCAGCAUUAGACAAAAGAUGAAGGUUCUGACCAAUGAAAUGAACCUGCAGCAGACUGUGAUUAGCCAGGCCAGCCAGGCCCUGAACUGCUGCACUGAUGAGGAGCAUGGGAAAGGUUCUCAUGUGGAGGCAGAGGCUGAGAGACUGCUACUGAUAGCCACGGAGAAGCGAGGGGCUCUGAUGGUCGAGCUGGAGCGACUGAAAAAAGAGGGUCCCAGCGGGCAGCAGGUUGGGGACAUGGGUGUCUCAGCCUCUAAAGGCUCCAUCUCUAUUCUUGAACUCCGGCUGCCCCUCAAGGCUGACUUUGUCUGCUCCACUGCUAACAAGCCAGAAUUAUCCUGUCAUUACUUCUUCAUCAUGAUCCGUGCUGGCGCUGAGAACACUGUCGCAACUCCCCUAGCCAGCACACGUAGCUCUAUCAGUGGAGAUGCCAUCACCUUCGCUACCAAGUUCACCCUGCCUGAUGUCUCCAAUGACUUUGCCAUUGAUAUUGAAGUUUACUGCCUAGUGCAGAAGCGUGAGUUGUGCCCUGACAAGAAGAAGAAGCAGCUCAGCAAGUCAAAGGCUAUCACUCCCAAGAGGUUCCUUGCCAUCACUAAGAGCAGUCAGACCCCAGUUGUGGCCAGUCCUGGAGGCCCUAAUGCUGUCCGGACCAGUAACUUUGUUCUGGUUGGGUCUCACAAGCUAACUUUAGCCUCCAUUGGGAAAAACAAGUUCCCAUUGGAGAAGAUCAAAUAUGAAGGCAGUGAGAGAGAGCUUCUGAGAGACAUGUUUCACAGCAAGGUGCCCUUCCUUUGCCCCCUGGAGGGCCACAUCUACCUGAAGAUGCAGUGUGAGGUGGGCUCCUUGGUGGAGGAGAAGGGAUUCUUGACUAUGUUUGAAGACGUGAGUGGGUUUGGAGCAUGGCACAGGAGGUGGUGUGUCCUGUCAGGGUACUGCAUUUCCUACUGGACCUAUCCUGAUGAUGAGAAACGCAAGAAUCCAAUGGGCCGGAUCAACCUGGCCAACUGCACCAGUCGUAAGGUAGAGCCAGCCAACAGGGAAUUCUGUGCUCGGCCAAACACCUUUGAACUGAUCACUGUUAGACCGCAGAGAGAGGGUGACAGAGAGACGCUGGUCAGCCAGUGUAAAAACACCAUGUGUGUCACCAAGAAUUGGCUGAGUGCUGACACCAAGGAUGAGAGAAACCUGUGGAUGCAGAAGCUCAACCAGAUUCUAGUGGACCUGCGCAUGUGGCAGCCGGACUCUUGCGUCAGGCCUGUGUGAAAGCAGAUCACCCAGGCAUUAACUUGACUUAACCACAGUGCAUGGCUGUGGCUCUCAUGGACUGUCCGUAUUAGAGACACUUACGUUCACCAAGUGCAAUAUAGUAUGAGAGCUACUGAAUAAGAUUUACAGGUGGAAGGCAUUUUUAGAAGGGCUUUAUUGAACAGAGAAAAAUAUACAGUAAGUGUGUGAAAAUAAAGCCAUACUUUCAGUUAUUUCAGAUAUUUCAGUAUUGACUAGGGCAGCUGGUCCUUGUACACAGUCCAUGCUGACGUUGUAUUUUAUGCAUUUCCAAAAUGGUAGGUGGCCAUACUCUCUUGCAUUUAGUUUUUUGAUGCUUUUAAUCACAUUUUUUCCUAUCUAUGGCUAGAUGCGUUGAAUUUGAUUUAGUCUUGAUCUGUUGGUGACACGGUGAAACACCUGAAUUUUCUGUAUAUUCAUAAAUAAAUACCCCACUUUCAUCGUUUUGGGUUAAUGGCAGGAUUUGAGAGCACUGCGGAACAACAGUAACACUUUAUCAAAGUUUUUUUUAUUUUAGCCACAUGUUUUUCCACUUCAAUACCCUUUGUGGUUUUUCUGUCCUUUCUGUUUGCAAUCUUAGCUGUAGUUUAUCAUGUUGCGUACCAUUGUCUUUUUGGCUGUGAAUGACACUACCAGCCAGAACAACUGCAUGUUGUUUGAUCUUAUAUCAGUGUCUUUUAUAAUUUUUUAUUUGUCUGAGUUUUAAAUUGUUACAGCCAAACUGUGGGCGUGGAUUCAGAUUAUUAUAUUUUUGCAAAUCUUUUUUGUUGUACAGGCAGAUUUCUAUUGUCAUAUGUUAUUGUUUACGCUACACAUACUAAUGUCAAAAAGUGCAACAUUCUCAGUCCAGGUUUUAAGCAUGUUUUUGGAGAACUGAUAAUAUUCACUUUGAGAUAUUGCAGGGAUUUCUUAGGGGGGGAUGCUUAUCAUCUUAUUUAAUGCACACACUUUCUUUUUUUCUUGUUGGCUGUUUAACACCAAAUUCUAUCUACAUUUCAGGCUUUACUGGAAUAUCAAGCACUCCAAAUAUUCCUAAAACAGUAGAAUUUUUUGAAAUUAAUAAUUUUAGAAUAAAAUCUUUUCUGUGGUGACUGAAAAUAAUUUAACCCCCACCUAAGAUCUAGACCCUGUAACCAGGUUCCAGGACUAUGUAAAUGGUUCUCUGAUAAUUUUUUUUGCAGGUAAAUUUAAAGAAUUCUCCCAAACAUACCUAGAAAGAAAGUGUUGAAUAAGGGGGUUUGUAAAUGUCUUAUAUUUGCAGGUAAUCCACUACAUAAUAUUUCUGAAAUGGGUAAUGAGACUUGAAUAAAUGCCAGCUUUAAACACUA